AUGGCUAUGGUUACAAACAGUGAAAUAACUAUGUUGAACAAUCUCAAACCAUAUAAAACUACUUGGAAGGUUGAAGUGAAAGUUCUUCAUUCGUGGACACAACAUUCAAACUAUUCUGGAGAAGACACUUUCGAGUUCAUACUUGAAGAUAGGAUGGGAUCUGAGAUACAUUGUACCUGUAAGAGUGCCUUCCUUGGCCGUGUUAAGAACUUACAGGUUGAUCAAUGGAAGUUCCUCGAGAAUUUCUUGGUUUACCCAGCAACCGGGAUAUACAGACCAACUAGGCAUCUAUACAAGAUGUCCAUCACAGCGAAUUCCAUUGUCACCAGUUCCACUCUAACUACCUGCGAGGUUUGUUUGGUUGAUCAACACAAUGAGAGUUCAUCUAAAGAUGUUUCAGCAUCUUUCUCUAAGCGCAAGGAAAGAGAUGGUGAUCUUAAUGACAUAAAUUCUACAUCCAACAAGUUAUGUGCUAUGAAUAUCAAAAUGGAGAAGAAAAAAUAAGAUUAGUUAUGUGAGGGUUACCCUACAUAUGCUUAGUUUGUUAUUUUGGUUUUGUUUCAUGUUGGUUUUUGAAUUUCCAUUUUCUUUAUGAUUUUCGCUUUGUUUUUUCAUUACUUUACUUUGAAUCACAUUUUUAAUGAAAAAGCAUGUGUUUUGCCAAUAAUCAAUAGUCCAAUAGAAAAUUACCUAACAAGCAACUUAACGUGAAACACUCUCACUACGAUGGUUAAUAGCUCCUAAAACUUCAGAUCUAUUCUUUCUACCCAUAUUCCAAUUCCGAUGCUCAUUUAAAAAUAUUUGUUAAAUCAAGUGAGAUUGUUUAAUUCAUAAUAUAAACCCUUCACUUAUUUAGCACCAAUGUAAGUCAAUAUUGUUUAUGUGAUCGUCUUUAUUUAAUGUGUAAUCAUAUAAUUUUGGAUAUUUCAUAACCAGAGUCUGUAAUUAUCCUUAUCAUGUCUCAUAUCUUCGGAUGGUUACCAUAAAUUUCGCGAGAUUAUAUAACCAUAUUUUAUAAAUCAGUCCUAUAUAUCUCCAAAGAUUUGAUUGACUAAUUUAAUGAUC